GUACGGUGUCGUCCCGGCCAUGCCUGAGCCAGCCAAGUCCGCCCCCGCCCCGAAGAAGGGCUCGAAGAAGGCGGUGACCAAGGCGCAGAAGAAGGACGGCAAGAAGCGCAAGCGCAGCCGCAAAGAGAGCUACUCGGUGUACGUGUACAAGGUGCUGAAGCAGGUGCACCCCGACACCGGCAUCUCGUCCAAGGCCAUGGGCAUCAUGAACUCGUUCGUGAACGACAUCUUCGAGCGCAUCGCGGGCGAGGCGUCGCGCCUGGCGCAUUACAACAAGCGCUCGACCAUCACGUCCCGGGAGAUCCAGACGGCCGUGCGCCUGCUGCUGCCCGGGGAGCUGGCCAAGCACGCCGUGUCCGAGGGCACCAAGGCCGUCACCAAGUACACCAGCUCCAAGUAAACUCGCUUUUCCCAGAAAGAUCGGAUUUUCCAGACCCAUACCCCAAAGGCUCUUUUUAGAG